AUGUCCCGAUCCGAAUCCGACGAACGCGACGCUGGUUUGGCCAGCGGCAAUGGUGCUGGUCCCUCGUAUCCUUCCCAACAGCAUCCUUCGCAGCAGCCCAGGGAUCGUGCCGACUACGGCUACGCACCGGAAGAGAGACGCAGACCUCACACGGCGCACGACGAGUAUUCAGACUCGUACCGUCAGCGUCCAGGCUACGAUUCAUAUCCGCGCGACGUGGAGCGAGCUCAAUUCCAGAGGGGAGGAGGAAGCGCUCAUAACAGCUCGCAAGAGCGACAGUAUCAACACGAGCUCGAGAUGAUGAAGGCACGCGAAGAACAGGAGCGCGCCUAUGGUGCUCCCGCUUCACGGCCUCAGUAUCCCUCCGAGGCGGAGCAUGCAUACGGUGCUGUAGCUCCUGCUGCUACCGCUCCUCCACGUGGUGCUGUGGACGAGUUUGGGCCCCGACCCACGACCAGCGAGCGACCCAAUCUGGAUGGGUUCUCCCGCGUCGAGAACGGUAAGAGGUAUCGUCUCGUCGUCGUCCAGCACCCGAGCCGCGCGCGAAUGUGUGGUUUUGGCGACAAGGACCGACGUCCGCUCAGCCCGACGCUCAUCGUCAAGCUCGUCAUCACCGACGAGGCAUCGGGCGAAGAGGUGAGCCCCCUGGAUGUCAACACAUCGCUCUUCCUGCUGGCUACGGAUCUGUGUCAUCCGGACGACCUCAUGCUGGCACCGCGAAACAUCCUUGUGCAUCACCACGCCUCUUCGCUCCCCGUCCACCCUUCGCAGCAGCAGCAAAUGGGUGGACCUGGCGGGUACGCGACGGACGAGUACGGGCAGCCUCGCUCGGGUCCAUCGUUUGGCAAUUUCGCCGGCGAUGGUAUGGGUGGACCCGAUGGCGACUACCGCUCUGGCGGGCCGCCGGAUGGCAUCCAUUCGCCGGACGGCAACAUGCGACCCGCAGCCUUUGCAUCCGGUCUUCAGAUGGGAGGCGGCGGCCCCUUCGCACAGCAGGGUCAGGCCGAAUCGUACACGCGCAAUCUCGUCGGCGCCGCCGUCGCCAGCGCCUCGGUGCUCAAGGACGAGCAGGACAAGUGGUGCAUCUUUUUCGUCUUCCAGGACAUCUCCGUUCGCACCGAGGGCGUCUACCGCAUCAAGCUCAUGUUUGUCAACCUCGAGGUCAGCGGGCGCGUCGGCACGGGUGUCGCCGAGGCGCUGGCAGAGACCUAUACGGAUCCGUUUACCGUCUAUUCGCCACGACGCUUCCCAGGGAUGCUGGACCCAACACCGCUCUCCCGCAAGUUGGCGUCGCAGGGCAUCAAGAUCCCGGUGAGGAACGAUAAGAAGAAGCAACGAAGACGCAAUGACGAUGGUGGAGAUGGAGCGGAUGGAGGCGAUUACGAUGGAGGCUCUGGCGGCGACGAUGACGAUGAAUAG